CACUAGUUUAAAUUGCAACUUCUUGAUCACUCGAAGGAUUGGCGAAUUUUAGUUUGCAUUAUUUUGGUUAGAAGGUUGGGUCUCUUGAACUGUGGGACUAGGGUUAGAGAGGUUUGGGAGAGCUACUGCUUUCCCAUGGUAUUUACUGAUGUUGACUUCGAAUUCGAAUUCCAACUGGUUUGAAGAUUUUCUCCCAGCUGGUGAUGACUUUGCAGACGGCAACUCGGACAGUUUCGCAAUUGAGAUCGAUAAACUAUUCGCCAUUCUUGGAGAGAGUUCUGAUCCGCUGCUCGACUUGUCGCAGAAUAGUUCAGAAGAUUUGUCGUGUAACAAUGUAUUCCAAGGUGAGUCAGAUUCUGUUGUAGUCAAACAUGAGCAGGCCCCCCAUCCUCAAAAUGGUAACCAAGAGUCUGAGGGAGACCCUUCAACUGGAUGUGAGAUACCUGGAUCCUCCAGAGGCUAUCCUUCAUCAAGCUCAGGGCCUUCAGAUUCUAAGACGGGGAUGGAGUCAGAACUCUUGUUUGAGUCACCCACAAAUGCUUGUAUCCCAUUUGAUCAUGGGAAUCUGGAAACUCCACCUCAGAUUGGUUCCCCUGUGCAUUGCUGCUCGCUGAGUCUUGCAGACUGGUUACCGCUGCAGUUUUCAGAAUGUGACCCUUACUCUGGGGAGAGAGUUGGAGGUUCUGUAAAUGCUCCAGUCCAUAGCAGCAUUAAUAAUAAAGAAAUUGCAAACCAGCUACCGCAUUGUACCACUGGAUUUAACUUUUCUGCAGGUGAUCAUGACCACAUUUCUGAUUGUAUGAACCAUGUGAAUCUUGCUCAUUUGAAGACCGAAUUUGACAAUGAGUUCAGGCAUGAGGGUGGAUAUUUUCACUCUAACGGUACUUCACAUCUCAUGACGGUGGACAAGUCAGAUUUGAACUUUUCAAAGUUUAGUUCUAUGUGUGGGAGUAGCACUGAAGACUUUGGAGAACUGGAAAUAAAUCUAUGCACAUCUCCUGUGGAGAUAUCCUUCAUGGAUGACAUAUUUUUGCCAAAUGAACUUCAUACUGAGCUCAACAGCAAUCACGUUUCUGACAAAGUAAGUGAAGCUAUUUAUAAUUGUUCACCAACACCCAUUUGUACAGACUCAAGCACUGGUGUUAAAAACGUUGCUGCUUUAACUGGCACCCCAAGGCAAUGUAUACCUGAUUCUCUUAAUCUGCCAUUUAUGUUGAGCAAUGGAGAGAAUUCAAGUCACAUAAAGAAUGAAGCAGAAGAGCGCAGGCUUCCAACUCAGAAUAUCUGGCUACGGAGUGAGGUAAAUUUGGGAACACAGGAAGGAACAACCAACUUCUCUGGUCCAACAGUACCUUUGAUGGAUUUGGCUGUUGCCAAUAGCUGCCAGUUUAAAUGUGAAGCUAGCACUUAUUCAUCACUAGUUAGGAGCCCUUCUUCUAAUGCUAAUGAUGGAGCUUUUUUGGAAAAUCCUUCGAGUCAAUCAUUGCAUCAUAUUCAAUCAUUCAUGUCAAGUAAGAACGAAGAGGUUCAUGUAAAGGAUGAAAAAGAUGAUCAGCUACCGGUGUCUAAGAGCUUGGAUUGUUCUGCAGAAGGAAUUGAUGUUGCUGCUAGCGGGUAUGCUUCCUUAAGUGGUACAGAUUCUGCCGCUAAAAUUGAUCUUGGACCUUUUAUGGGUCAUACAUCAAGAAAAUUGUUUGUUUCUGAUGUUCAAUCAUUACCUUCAAAUAAGAAUCAAACAGUAUGCAUAAAGAAAGAAAGAAAUGAUAAAGCACUUUCAUCUGGGGUUUCUUGUUGUCAUUCUCUAAAACGCACUAAUGAAGCUAUUCAUACUAAUCCCUCAAAGCACAGGAUGCUUGUCGAUGCUGAUGAUGCUGAUAUAUGUAUACUUGAAGACAUCAGUGCCCCUGUAUGUCCACAUCCAUCAACAGUGCAUGGAAAGUCCCUUGUUACUUCAAAACGCUCAACCUAUAAUGACUCUCUUCAUUAUUCAGGAACAGGGAGCAUGAGGCAUAAGGCAAAUGAUGAAAGUUUAACAUUUCGGGUUGCAUUGCAGGAUCUUGCUCAGCCAAAAUCAGAAGCUAGUCCACCUGAUGGUGUUUUGGCAGUUCCCCUCUUGAGGCAUCAGAGAAUAGCCUUGUCAUGGAUGGCGCAGAAAGAGACUGCCAGUUUACACUGCUCUGGAGGAAUUCUUGCUGAUGAUCAGGGAUUGGGAAAAACGAUAUCAACGAUUGCACUUAUACUGAAAGAAAGAUCUCCAGCCUCCAAAAUGAGUUCUGUGCCUAUCAAACAGGGAGAUUCUGAAGCUUUCGACUUGGAUGAGGAUGAUGAUGGCAGUCGUCAGCUUGAUGGAAUGAAGCAAGAUGGAGAACCUGGUUGUGGUACUUCAAAAAUGACAGUCAAGGGUGAGAAUUCUUAUUUGCCAGUGAAGGGGAGGCCCUCUGCUGGGACACUAGUUGUAUGCCCUACAAGUGUCCUUAGGCAAUGGGCUGAGGAACUGCAAAAUAAGGUCACAAGUGAAGCUAAUCUUUCUAUUCUAGUAUACCAUGGAACCAAUAGAACAAAAGAUCCUUAUGAGCUGGCCAAGUAUGAUGUUGUGCUAACAACAUAUUCCAUUGUAAGCAUGGAGGUUCCAAAGAAGCCUCCUAUGGAUAAGGAUGAUGAUGAGAAAGGGAAGAAUGAACCUGAUGGAAUACCACAUAUGGGACUGUCUAGUAGAAAGCGGAAAUAUCCUCCAAGUUCUGAUAAAAAAAGUCUGAAGCAUAAGAAAGGACCUGAUGGUGAGUUGCUUGAAUCUGUUGCUCGCCCUCUUGCAAGGGUUGGAUGGUUUAGGGUAAUAUUGGAUGAAGCACAGAGCAUUAAAAAUCACAGAACUCAAGUGGCAAGAGCCUGCUGGGGACUUCGAGCCAAAAGGAGGUGGUGUUUGUCUGGGACGCCUAUCCAGAAUGCUGUUGACGAUCUGUAUAGCUACUUUAGAUUUCUCAGAUAUGAUCCUUAUGCUGUCUACAAAUCAUUCUGCUCAAUGAUUAAGAUACCAGUUACUAAGCAUCCAACAACGGGCUACAAGAAGCUACAAGCGGUCCUGAAAACAAUAAUGCUGCGUCGCACAAAAGGCACUGUUAUUGAUGGCCAACCGAUUAUAAACUUGCCCCCCAAAACAAUAGAAUUAAAGAAGGUCGAUUUCUCUAAGGAGGAACGGGAAUUUUACUCCAGACUUGAGGCUGAAUCACGUGCCCAAUUUAAGGUUUAUGCAGCUGCUGGGACUGUUAGACAGAACUAUGUUAAUAUUUUAUUGAUGCUCUUGCGCCUUCGUCAAGCUUGUGACCACCCUCUUCUUGUCAAGGGAUUUGAUUCUAAUUCCGUUUGGAGAUCCUCUAGAGAGAUGGCAAAGAAACUUCCUAGGGAUAAACAGAUGGGUCUUUUGAAUUGUUUGGAAGCUUGUUUGGCAAUCUGUGGCGUCUGUAAUGAUCCUCCUGAAGAUGCUGUUGUUACGAUCUGUGGUCAUGUCUUCUGCAGUCAAUGUAUCUGUGAACAUCUGACAGGUGAUGACAACCUGUGCCCUGCGGCACACUGCAAAGUCCAACUUAAUGGGACAUCUGUAUUUUCCAGAGCCACAUUAAAAAGUUCUCUCUCUGAACAACUUGGUCAGGAAUGCUCUCCUGAAAAUUCUAGCUCUGAACUUGUUGGGAAACUUGAGCAAUUUUCAGAGGGUCUGUCCUCUGAUUCUUCCAAAAUUAAAGCUGCUCUAGAGGUCCUACAAUCACUGUCAAAACCACAGAAUUGUACCUCAAAAGAUAACCUGUUGAAAUCAAGUGAGGUUGCCAGCUAUCCAGAAAAUGGACACAUUUCUCAUUCAGGCAGAUCAUUUGAGGAUUUGUCUGACACUGGGGAAAAAGGUAGAAAUGAUUCAAAUAUGAAAGUAGCAGAAAAAGCAAUUGUCUUCUCUCAGUGGACGAGAAUGCUGGAUUUGCUUGAAGCUCGUCUUAAAAGUUCUUCCAUACAGUACAGGAGGCUUGAUGGGACAAUGUCUAUUGUUGCAAGAGAUAAAGCUGUGAAGGAUUUUAACUCCCAUCCAGAGGUGUCUGUUAUGAUUAUGUCUUUGAAAGCUGCAAGUCUUGGACUGAACAUGGUAGCAGCUUGUCAUGUUCUUCUUCUGGACCUAUGGUGGAAUCCUACAACAGAAGAUCAAGCAAUUGAUAGAGCACAUCGAAUUGGACAGACUCGUCCUGUUACAGUUUUGCGGUUGACUGUGAAAGAUACGGUUGAAGAUCGCAUAUUAGCCCUUCAGCAAAAGAAGAGAGAGAUGGUAGCAUCUGCGUUUGGGGAGGAUGAGACUGGAAGUCGCCAGACUCGCCUUACAGUGGAGGACUUGAAAUACCUGUUUAUGGUGUGAUAACAAAUUUUUUUGCCAACUGAGAUUGAAGAUAUUGCCAACUAAUUAUUUACUCUUUAGCUAGAGAAAUUCCCGGGAUCAUGAUUUUCAGGAGGAAGCUCCAAAUCUUUGUGCAGAGAGUUCAGAGGAGUUGCUGUAGCCCAAGGAGGUUGAAACAAUUCUCUUAAAUUGGACGAUUGGCCAGCAAGUAAAGGUGGUAUAUGACAAUAAAUUCAAGCAAUAUUCAGGAACUAACGUAGAAAAUUGGUUGCUGACCAGCUGGUCAUGUGAAUAGAGUUUGGUGUUUAUUUUUUAAAUUUCAUAUUUCUUUUGAAUCACAUUGUUUAGAAUGAGAAUUUUGGUAAGUUUCACAUGGAGAAAAAUGUGAUGUACAAUGGAAUAUUCUUUCCCAAAGUGUAAAUUGGAGUUUCUGGGCCAGAUCUCUGAUGAUGAGAUUGGAUAUUUUUGAUAUAUCAUUGUAAUUAGUGCUUUGUCUGAGACCAUUUGAUUUUAAUAGAUUUUUCA